GACACUCCAACGCUUGGACGGCGGAGGUGUUUGACCGCCCCCAUCGCUCGUUCCAUUACAAAAUCACGCCAUCGAAUCUUCUCAAUCUGGUGACGUAUUCAUCUCUUAUUAUUGUCGUAACAUCAAUUUAUAUUUAUGGAGUUAGUUAAUUAACUGUGACAACUGUCUCAACUCUCUAAGUCCCAAUAGAUAUAUCUAUAUAUAGCGCUGAUGUUGCAGACUCGCAGUCAUAGCAUGCGCUCUCUGUUUUCUAAUCAUUACCUUAUUCGAUCACAUUCCAAGAUGUUGCUGAAGAAGGAGAAAGUUUCCAAAAUCGUCAGAAAGAGGCAUCGCAGAUCCACUUCUCAGAGAAGGAAGAGUCUUGAGGGUCUGAAACGCCUGGAAUUGGAGACAGCUGCGGUGAAAUUGAACACGGCUUCUUUGGCAGGAGGCACAGAGAAGGUAUUGACCGAUCUGGACGGGAUUCUAUCAGAUAUAGCACAGGCGAGGGAGGUGAACAAGCACGUCAUCAGACGGAACUUGCGCACCCACCAGCUGCUCGACCUUAUGCUUUUAAUAUUGAACUUGGAAAUACUGCAAAUGAGAUGUGAAAACACGCUCGUGAUCCUCGGCAGGAUGCGCACCCACAAGGUGCUUGAUAUAAUGCUUUUAACUGACUGACACUGUACCCGCGAAAGGAGCAAGUAUUGGUUCAUUUUGAGCAGCAGAAAUGUGUCUAAAGAUGAUAGAAUUCAUGCAUGAUGUUGUUACUGUUUUGCUUUUUAUUAUUAUAAUGAUGGUUGUGAACACGAUAUCAUGUAAUUCAAUACUCUGUAAUGUAUUUUCUUCUUUAAUUUCUUACAACUCUCGUUUUAUCCUCAAAUUUAUGUAAGGUUCUACAUAAAUGACUAUCUCAC